CGCCGAGUGUCGAGCACUUUGCCUUGCUGGUUUCGCAGUUUCACUCCACUCCACUACUGCAUGAUGAAAAUUCUCACUCUCGCUCUCUUAUUGAGCACCUUUUCUUCAACGAACGGCAUAAAUGUCGCGGAGUCCGCCGGUCAGUUCUUCAGCAGCGGUCAUACCAAUAAUUGGGCAGUUCUGGCGUGUACGUCCAGAUUCUGGUUCAACUACCGUCAUGUGGCCAACACCCUGUCCGUGUACCGAAGCGUGAAGCGUCUCGGCAUCCCUGAUAGUCACAUCGUACUGAUGCUGGCAGACGACAUGGCUUGCAACCACAGAAACCCCAAGCCGGCUACCGUGUUCAGCCACAAGAGCUUGGAGCUGAACGUGUACGGCGACGACGUGGAGGUGGACUACCGAGGUUAUGAGGUGACUGUGGAGAAUUUUCUGCGAGUCCUGACGGGGAGGCUUCCGCCCAGCACGCCGCGCUCCAAGCGUCUCCUGUCUGAUGACCGAAGCAACAUUCUCAUUUAUCUGACAGGACAUGGUGGCAAUGGCUUCCUGAAGUUCCAAGACUUUGAAGAGAUCACCAAUGUGGAUUUGGGGGAUGCCUUUGAGCAGAUGUGGCAAAAAAGGAGGUACAACGAACUGCUUUUCAUCAUCGAUACUUGUCAGGGAGCCUCCAUGUACGAGAAGUUCUACUCGCCGAACAUCAUUGCUCUGGCCAGCAGUCAAGUUGGAGAGGACUCCUUGUCGCACCAACCUGAUUUGUCCAUCGGAGUCCAUCUGGCGGAUCGUUACACUUUCUACCUUCUGGAGUUCCUUGAAGACAUCCACCCUACCAGCAAAGCUAAUAUGAAUGAUCUGUUCAAAAUAUGCCCCAAGAGCCAGUGCGUGUCCACUACGGGCUACCGUACAGACCUGUUCCUGCGCGACCCAGGAAGCGCCCUCAUCACCGAUUUCUUUGGUAACGUCCGCAAGGUGGAGCUCUCCAGGGAAACCAUCAACUUGACCGAGCCCAUCAUUUUGGUGGAAGACAAUUCUGAAAGCGGAGAGCUGCAAAAGGAGUUGCAGUCGUACGUGGAUCAGCUGCCAGUGUCCGAGAUCAUUCAUCAGAAGCCCAAACAGAAAGACUGGCACCCCCCCGAUGGCUUCAUCCUUGGCCUCUGGACCCUCAUCCUGCUUGUGUUUUUCAAGACGUACGGCAUGAAGCACCUCAAACACAUCUUCUGAGACCAAGAGCUUUUUUGUAAAGCCGCAUUGAAUGGGAACCUCCAAUGAUGUACGGCAACGUGACUGCGAGGCCACGGUCGCCGCUUUGUUUUGACACUGUGACAUUUGUCUGUGUUUUCCUUUUUUUUUCUAUUUAAACUGGAUGUUUGGUUUGACUUUUUCAAUGGUCUGGGAAGCGUGGCAGUGAAAUUUGGACAUUUCCACACAAAAAUGGGAAUUGUGUGACUUGGACUAUGUAGCGCAAUUCCAGCCAGUCCUUGAAUAAGAAUUGAAUCGCUUUGAGCGGAUGUUCUGCUCAGCAUAUUUUUGUGUUCAGACUGCCGGGCCAGCCAGAGAGGGGAAAAAAAAAUGAGACAGAACCCGUCUGAUCGGCGGCGACUGGCGCUGCUGAGGGUCGACUACGUUAGGUCUCCGCUGUCAGCGCGCAUUACACCCGUCAUAUCGUGGAUGACGAUCCUACAUAAUAGCGACUUUCACCAAAUUGCCCUCCCCGUCGAAACAUCCGUCAGCUCUCUGACCGACGGCUGUUUGCGUGGCCGUUUGCAGUCCGCCAAUAAGUGACUGAUAAGCCAGCCAGCCAGCCAGCCAGCCAUCCGCUAAGCCAUCCCGAAUGGAUCCUUUGUGAUAUCAUGGGCCUUCUUUUCAUUUCUCUUUCCCCCUUUGAUUCCUGGCUUGACACUACAUCACAGCCUGAUUGCCGGGAGGACUGAUUGUUGUUUGAAGCGCACGGGCCGGGCCGGGCAUGGCCUGGCCGCCUGCCCUCUCUGAAAGCAGACAGCUGCUGCAUCAGCCGCCCGGGUGCCUUUCUUCUUAUGCAUUAUUAAUAGCGUGCGCACGGCUUCCUUCCUUUUCUGUCUCUUUAUUAUUUCCUGCCAUCCAAUUCCCACGGCUUCCCUCCUUCCCCUUUUUGGUUGAGCUCAACAUGUUGCACUGCCUCAUUUUGGCAGGAUGCCGGCCGGCGCCCUGAUUAUAGAUGAAUGGCUGAAUUAAAAGAAUAAAUUUGUCUCCAACUGCUGGUAAGCGACAAUAUUGAGCUUUCCUAAUGACUUGGCGAAACCUCCUCUUCCUGCUGCAAGUGCCUCCCUCGAAGGUGAUAAGACGCUGUACGAUUUUUGACUGUCUCUGAAACGGUUUGAACUUCUGCCACUUUUGGGCUGUGCAGUCGACUGACUGUAAAGCGAGCCACGAGGUGUGUCACAAAAGAUUUCAAACCUGUGACGGUGAAGAGCAGCUCUUUGAGAAGCCUCGGUUGAUGGUCCAAAUUUGCUUCUGUCUUUUGUGAUCCUUUUCCGACACACCUCGUCAGCCUGCUCCAUUGAAAGAAUGACAAACAAAAGGCAAGCCCGAAAGGUUUUGACUGUGUGAAUGAAGCUGAAACAUUUCAGGGAACAUUUGCUUUGUACUGUCAAUCAUUUCCAAAUGUAUUCUAGAUUAUUGGCAUCAUCACUGGGUGGGUGGGUGGGCAAUGUACUUGGAAUGAGAGACCAAGCCUGUCUUUAUGCUUGGAAAGAUUUUGAUAGUUUAUUAUUGCUGUCCAAGGAAAAUCCAGUGAUAUUUGCUUCAAAUUAAAAAUAAUAAUAAUGGCUACUUGCUUUUCAAGGAAACGACAAAAUGAUUUU